CUUGUAGUAGAGAAAGGUGGACGUUAUGGGAACUCUUACUUUGGGAACUCUUUCUUUAGCAAGUCUCAUCCCCACAGUAAUUGCUGCUGUCAUUCUGGUUGCCUUGAGGAUGGAUCCAGUGGUACUGAGCUACCAGGACAGUCUUCUGCGGUGCUCAGAUGUGGCACUUUUAAAUGGACCCCACUGGCUCAAUGAUCAAGUCAUAGGUUUUGCCUUUGAGUACUUUGCAACAGAGCGCUUCAAAAGUUUGGGCGAGAAGGUCUGUUUCAUCAGCCCUGAAGUCGCUCAGUUUAUAAAGUACGCUUCAUGUCAAGAGGAACUCGCCAUUUUCCUGGAGCCGCUGAGUCUUGCGUCUUGUCGGUGUGUUUUUUUGGCUGUCAAUGACAACUCUAAUCAAUCAGCCGCUGGCUCCCAUUGGAGCCUGCUUCUCUAUCGGCGAGACACCAACCAGUUCUCCCACUACGACUCUCAGAGUGAAAGCAACUCAUUGCAUGCUCGCCAAAUUGCAGCUAAGUUGGAGGCUUUUGUAGGCACUGGAGCGAAAGUGCCCUUUGUGGAGGAGCAAAACCCCUCGCAGCAGAAUAGCUAUGACUGCAGAAUGUAUGUGAUCUGUAAUGCCAAGGCUCUAUGUGAGAGUGCAAGAGUCGAGGGCUGUCCCCACCUGCCCGCUCAGAUCAUAACACCCACCUACAUUACACGGAAACGGACAGAAUGGUAUUCACUAAUACAGAGACUCACCAAGGAAUGACUAGCUGACCUUUUACAUCAUGCAACUGUAUUAGCCACUGGGCAAGGUGAACACACUUAUUUAUCAUACUCAAUCCUGCACAAAGGAUGCACAAAAUAAACUGCAUUUGAAAACAGCAUGCACUUCUCAAAAAUUGUUUUGCCAAACUCUUAAUUGAAUAGUUCACACAAAAAUGAAAAUUCCAUCAUCACUUUACUCGCCUCGCUUCAAACCCAAAAUGAGAAGUGAGAUGCCGAAUCUUCACAUUGCUUUUUUUCAUACAAUGUAAGUGAAUUUGGACUGCUCUGUCAAGCUCCAAUAAUUACAAAUAAAGCAGCAUUAUGGGAUAGUUCACCCAAAAGAUAAAAAUUUGCUGAAAAUGUAUUCACCCUUAGGCCACCAGAUGAAUUUGUGUCUUCCUCAGAACUGAUUUGAAAUUUUUUUUUGCAAUGCAUCACUUGAUCACCAGUGGAUCCU